AUGGAUCCUCCGCAGCAGGACAACGCGCCUCCAGCGCAUCGCGCCAGCACUUCCUCUGGCAUGAUGUCACCGACAGACACACGAACGAAUCCCCUGUCCAGGCAUUCGUCGAUAAUUGGCGAAGGCGUGCCAGAAAACAGUCAGUCGACAGACACCGGGUCAUCGAGCAUCAGAAGCAGUCAAACACUAGGCGAGCCCUCCAUCGAUCGCCAACAGGCAGCGCGAAACAUUCAGGCUGUUGCAGGCCGUUCUACGUCUGCCGCAGGCCCCGAAAGGAGUCAGUCUUACACCCGCCUGCGAAAGCCGCCAUUGUCGCGGCGCACGUCAGCGAAUACACCACACAAAGGCGCAGUGUUUUCCGUAGACGACGACGCCCACGAAGUCCAGGCAGACGCCGCCGAACGCCGCGCGGGCUUAUCAACGCGCCGACGCCAACAACCUCCCUCAGGGCUCACCCGCAUCCAGUCAUAUCGCAGUGCUGAGGAGGAGCAGGAAUCCGAACGAGACGACGAAAAUAGUGAAGCGGGAGAAGAACAUGAAGAGGAAGAGGAACUACCGUUAGACGAGCAUAUUGACUGCGAGUCUGAAGGCGAAAUCAGCGAAGCCGAAAGCUUUACCCUUAAAGACAGACAACAGGCCAUCAACCAAACGCACCCUUUUGGCAUUCGAGUUUGGAAGCCUGCGUUGUACAAGAAAGACAGAUCGAUUCAAAAGUUUGCUCAGGCAGAUAUUCAUUCGACGCCUGGUGGCAGAGUAAGCAGCUGGCUGCUUCUCUUUAACUUGGUUUGGACCAUAUUCUUUGGAUGGUGGAUAGCUUGCUUGGCAGCUUUUGGCGCAAUCAUCUGCCUUUUGUUUGCUGCCGCGCCCAGCGGCCGAGAGUAUGGAAGAGUCCUAUGGGGUCUAGCGGGCUAUAUAUUCUACCCUUUUGGCAAGUUUAUUCGGCUUGAGAAGGACGAAGCCUACCUGGACGAGGAUCAGGAUGAAGGUAGAAGCAUCUCGGAAUACGAGCAAUGGCAGAACGGCGACCUCGAAUACGGCCGCCUAUUCUUUGGGCCUGACAGACACCGUUCCAUCAUCGGCCGCUCCAGGAGGAGCUUGGACUCGGAGCCGCCUAGCGAGACGGAGAGCUUGUUGGGACGAGGACGCCGCAGGGAGUCUAGCGAUCUACACCCUCGCUUGAAGCGAAGGCUGUUUGGCCGCGGAGAGUGGAACAUCGGCCGCAUCAUCUUCUUCGUUUUCUUCUAUUGCCUUAUCUCACCAUCGUUGAUUCUCGUGUCUGGCAUUUGUUGGUUCCUCGUCUUUUGGAUCCCCAUGGGCAAGGUAACCAUGCUGCUAUUUGACCACCUUAGGCGACAUCCUCUCGCUCUAUCCUUCGAGUCUCACAUCAGCUACGCUCGAGUGGACGAUGCUCCCGACUCAUCUAUCCUGGUCUGCACCUAUCGUGCCGUUGGUUCAAAGUACUGGAAGUAUACCAUCGAUGGUACAAACAUCUUCCUAAUCAACCUCAUGGUCGUUGUGGUCUUUGUCAUCGCCGACUGGCUCGUUCUGGACCGAACACUGGGACUAGAGAUUCUCAUCACGUCGCCCGCCUUCUUGUUUGCUGCGGGCUUGCUUUCUAUUAUCCCGCUGGCGUACUUCAUUGGCCAGGCCGUAGCAUCCAUCUCUGCUCAGUCUUCUAUGGGGUUGGGCGCUGCCAUCAACGCCUUCUUUGCUACCGUUGUUGAGGUUUUCCUCUACUGCGUUGCACUGAACCAGGGCAAAGGACAGCUUGUCGAAGGAAGUAUUGUGGGAAGUAUAUUCGCCGGUAUUUUGUUCUUGCCGGGCAUUUCCAUGUGCUUUGGCGCCUUGAAGCGAAAGACCCAGCGCUUCAACGCCAAGUCGGCCGGCGUGACAUCCACCAUGUUGCUCUUUGCCGUGGUUGGUGCUUUUGGUCCGACGCUAUUCUACCAAAUCUACGGCUCUCACGAGCUUAACUGCAUGGACUGCGAAGAUUAUGCCCAUGGUGGCCUCAACGGCGACGGUGCCGCAAGGGAUUGCCGCCGGUGCUACUUUUCGCAAGUGCCUGCUCUCGACGACCGAUUUUAUCUCGAGGCCGUGCGACCAUACUGCUAUGCGGCAGCCUUCUUGCUCUUCUUCUCAUACCUCGUCGGACUCUGGUUUACUCUGCGUACGCACGCUGCCGUCAUCUGGAAUGCAGAAGUGGAAGAAAAGAGACAUGAAGAGGCCAUGCACGCGUCGGCCACCCUUCGAGCCCCGCAUCAGCCAUCCACGGCCGAAGGUACCGGGGCUGAUAUACGGGAUUCGAAUCUCUACAAGCGCAUCUUGGGCCAGUCUCUAAAGCAGGUCGGCUUACCAGACGGCUCCCGGCCGAGCUCCACGGCCGCCCAGGAUGCUGGCGGACUAAACACUACUCCUCACGUAGUGCCGCCUAAGGGUGCUGCUGAUGAGGAUCAACCGCUCUUGCGCCCAACGAUCAAGGUCCCCGGUCUCAGCCAGGUCGACAACAGCGUUCUCGUACGUGAGGUUGCCGAGAUCGCAGCCACUGCGGCUACAAUUGCUUCCCGUGACCGAUAUGCGCAUAAGCCGCCCAGCACCGGCGUUGCUACACCGCGGCCGCACGGCGCCAGCCGGGCAAGCCACCUCCAUGAUGUCGAAGAGGACGCCGCCACUGCGGGGGCUGCAACUGCUCACGCAGGGGGCCAUGGAGGCCACGACGCGCCAAACUGGAGCCGCACCAAGAGUACUGUGAUCCUGCUAGGGGCCACCAUCUUGUAUGCCAUAAUUGCCGAGAUCCUGGUCGACACUGUCGACGUCGUGCUGGAGAGCUUUGCCAUUGACCAAAAAUUCCUCGGACUGACCCUCUUUGCUCUAGUCCCCAAUACUACCGAGUUCUUGAACGCCAUUUCUUUCGCCAUGAACGGAAACAUUGCACUGUCGAUGGAGAUUGGCUCCGCAUACGCUCUCCAGGUGUGCCUGCUUCAAAUCCCUUGCCUGGUACUCUUCUCGGCCGUCUUCCCGAAUAUUCCUGUGGGAGGUGACGCCGCCAUGUACACAUUUUCCCUGCUCUUCCCGCAAUGGGAUUUGGUUACCGUUGUCCUGUGCGUAUUCUUGCUCAGCUAUGUAUACGGUGAAGGCAAGAGUAACUACUUCAAGGGCAGCAUCCUCAUGCUGACAUACCUUGUGGUGGUGAUUGGGUACUACUUCAGCGGCUACACCGAGGGAACCAUGGGGUUGCAGCGGUUCGACGUGAUGGGAGCCGAUGGCAAGUACCAGAAGUUUAAGACGAUUGGCAGAUCAACAAACGGGAGAGCAUUCCAAGUGAUUUGA